AUGCUCUCGCGCCUUGUGGUCCGCGCCAGUCGAGCAGCUGCUGCUCGACCACCACGCACGGCCACCCGCGCCAUCCCACCCGCCGCUGCUCGCCCUCGACGUCGCCUCUUGUCGACCACCCCACACCGGCUCGCGCCUGCAACGACAGCGCCACGAGCAGGGCCACGCUUGGUCGAGGCCAGCAACCCGGUCAAGGGCAUCACGGUCCAGCUGCCAGGCGGGUCCACAACGAGCUUCUCGUACGUCUGGCUGCGGGACCACUGCCGAGAAGAGCGCUCGUACCACCCGGCCACCCGUCAGCGCCUCGUCGACACGCCAAAGAUCCCUGCCGACUACCGACCAGACGCUGUGCGCUCAGAUGAACGAGGCAUCUACGUCACCUGGCCAAACUCGUCGUUCGAGUCGACUUACGAGUCGUUCUUCCCGUGGUCCUUCCUCGCCGAGCACGCCUACAACCCGCCAGUCGUUCGCCAGGCCGACUUGCCGUCGGCCAACUCGAGCAAGGUCUUCUGGACCCGCGAGAUCGCUCACGACAUGCCGACGGUAACCUACGACGAGGUCAUGUCGACCGAGAAGGGCGUCUACGAGUGGCUCAAGCGCAUUAACACGUUCGGCUUCUCGCUGUGCUCAGGCAUCCCGGGUACGCCCGAGGCGACCGAGGCCCUCAUCCGCCGCAUCGCCUUCAUCCGCGACACGCACUACGGCGGCUUCUGGGACUUUACCGCCAACCUCGAGCACGGCGACCUCGCCUACUCUGAGGUGCGCCUCGAGGCCCACACCGACACGACCUACUUCACCGACCCGUGCGGCCUGCAGCUCUUUCACCUCCUGUCGCCCUCAUCGUCGCACAAGGGCGGGCACAACCUCCUCGUCGACGGGUUCCGCGCCGCGUCGCUCCUCGAAGCGACCAAUCCGGCGGCGCACGCCCUCCUGUCGACCGUCCCCGUCCCGUCGCACGCCUCGGGCUCGGGCUCGGCGUCGCUGCCUUCGGGCGUGCACCUGCGUCCGCUCGUGCGGGUCCCGGUGCUCAACUACGACGAGCACGGCGAGCUCGUCAUGGUGCGCUGGAACGGCGACGACCGGGGCGUUGUCGGCGGCGAGGCGUUCGAGGGCGCGAAGAUGGACGAGUGGUACGAGGCGCUGAGGGCGUGGGAGGGCAUACUGCGCAGCGACGAGGCGCAGCUGUGGAGCCAGAUGGAGGUCGGAACCGCCGUCAUCUUCGACAACCUGCGCGUCCUCCACGGCCGCUCGGCCUUUACGGGCGAGCGCCGCCUGUGCGGCGCGUACGUCAACGGCGACGACUACCGCAGCCGGCUCCGAGGGCUCGAGCGCCAGUUUGGCGGUCACGGCGGCGGCGACGCGAGGCGAGCUGCGCUCGACGGCGUGCUGCGUGAGCGGUUCGGCAUCCUGCGCAGGGGCGAGGGCAAGGGCACUGUAUGGGAGGACUAUUUGUAGCGAGAGAGAGCGUGCAACGAGGUCGCUCUCCUUC